AUGCACGAUUCUGAAACCAAAACAUAUCAUUUAGUCGUGCUCGUCCAUGGGCUCUGGGGGUGUACUGCCCAUUUUGACUAUAUCUCGAACGCUCUAGAUGAUGCCUUUCACUCGAACAGCCUAUUUCGAAAUGGGGGCCGACUGGAGAAUGAAGAGAUUGUUGUGUACACAACGCAUCUCAAUGAGGGCUAUAAAACCUACGAUGGAAUCGACGUAUGUGGCCUAAGGGUAGCCAGGGAAAUCGAAGAACAAAUUGAAGAACUUGGAUCUGUGACUAAGUUUUCCCUUUGUGGCUAUUCCUUAGGUGGCUUGAUAGCACGUUAUGCGCUGGGUGCACUGUACAAGAAACAGCUGUUCAAGAAACGCGACAUAAGACUUUUGAACUUCACCACAUUUUGCACACCUCAUGUAGGAGUGUACGCCCCCGGAAACAAUUUUGCUGUGAAACUCUUCAAUGCGAUCCUUCCCAAUCUUCUUGGAAGCAGCGGUAAGCAGAUGUUUCUUCAAGAUUGCGUCAAAUCUGCCAAUGGGCUACCACUACUCUCCUUAAUGAGUAGCGAAAAUUCGAUCUUUUACAAUGCUCUUCAAGAGUUUGAAUACAAAGCUCUCUAUGCAAAUGUGAUCAACGACAAGAGAACUGCUUGGUGGACUUCUGGGAUAUCCAGAAACAAUCCUUUUUUUGAUGUUGAUGAAUACAAUGGUGCCACGCGAUUUAGCUAUAUACCUGGAUAUGAGCCUAUAGUUAUAGACCAUACGAAACCGAUCCAGAUUAAAAGAAUCGAGGAUGCGCAAGAAGAGCUAGGUGAAAAUGCGGAUCUCAAUGAAAACCAGGAUGAUACUGACGCUGAACAACGAUUGAACAAGAACGAGUAUUUCUUCAUUAAUUACUGGAUUGCGAAAAUGGGCAGAUGGCUGAUGGUAUUAAUAAAUAUCUUGCUCAUUGCUCCAUUGUACAUCAUGUGGUUUUGCAUAUCGGGGGUGAUGGAGACUACUAAGUCUACUAUUAGAGCAACUAGGUACGUGGGGAAAUACUCUAAUCAGCUCAUUCAUGAUUUCUAUGAGAUUUCACCCGAAGUGACAGACGACGAUGAUGAAGUGACGUCAGUUUUGACAAAUGAAUAUGAGCAACAGAUCCAGGAAACGUUGAAUGAUCAAAGAGAUACUCUAAUUGAAAGUGUAUUCGAUGCGAUAGAGAGAAAGAACACAUACUCUGCUGUGGUGGAUGAGGCAUCUAGUCGCAGUGAAUCGUGCGAAAAGGAAACCACAGAUGGGGAAGAGGAACAUGAACAAGAAAUCACAGAGCAUAGCAUGAAGACAACUAUCCAAGAAUUGGAACAGUUUCCUAUCGAAGAGAUUCUCGCUCGCUUUGAACAUAACAGUAACGAAUUACCCUCUCUGGAGAACUUCCAUCUCUCUUUGACUCCUGCGCAGUUGGAAAUUAUUGAUUCUCUUAACAAGAUAAAGUGGAAGAAGUUCCCCAUCUAUAUCCGUAAAACACCUAGUACGCAUGCAUGUGCGAUUGUUCGCCACGCAGAUCCCAAUUUUGGUGAAGGCGAGGUUAUCAUCAGGCACUGGAUUGAACAAGUGUUCCGAUUCGAGUGA